UGACCGUGAUCUCACUGGCUCUUAAUUACAUCAUUCCCCCUUCAUCUGACACACCCUAUGAUAUGUCUGACAUCAUCAAAGCUGUUGUAGAUGAGGAAGAGUUCUUCCAAAUAAUGCCCGACUACGCUAGGAAUAUAAUUGUGGGAUUUGCCAGGCUGAACGGACAGACAGUGGGUGUGGUUGCUAACCAACCCAACCAAAAAGCAGGUUGUUUGGAUAUUAAUGCAUCAGUUAAAGGUGCUCGGUUUGUUAGGUUCUGUGAUGCUUUUCGUAUUCCACUGAUAACCUUCGUUGAUGUACCGGGAUUUCUACCAGGUAACCAUGACUGUAGCUGUAAUGAUUUCUGAUACAUAUUGAUGUCCUUAUGCUGUGUAGCAAGU